AGCGUGGAGCCUGGAGCCGGCCCGAUCCCGCAGCCGAGGGAGCAGAGCGCCCCGGCGUGCCAUGGGGCUGUGCUGAGCGCCCGGCCCCGCCACCCGCCCGCCGCUCCGUGCCCCGCCGUGCCCCGCGGCCAUGGCCCCGAUGGGCAUCCGCCUCUCGCCGCUAGGCAUGGCCGUCUUCUGCCUGCUGGGGCUGGGCGUCCUCUAUCAUCUCUACUCCGGUUUCCUGGCCGGCCGCUUCGCCUUCUUCAUGCUGAGCGAGCCGGCGGCUGGCGGGCCCGAAACGCCCCGCGGAUCCGUGCCCGGCGGUGCCGUGGACCUGCGGGAGCUGCUGGCCGUGUCCGUCCUGGCCGCCGUCAGGGGCGGGGAAGAGGUGAAGCGGGUCCGCGAAGGCAACGUCCUCAAUGCCAAGGCGAAAGGGAAGACGAGGGAAGGGGCUGAGGAGCAGCUGACCAGCGGCGACCUGCUCUCCAACCGCAGGAUGUUCUACCUGCUGAAGAGCGCCUUCCCCGCCGUGCAGAUUAACUCGGAGGAGCGCGUCGAUACAGCCGAGCAGGAGACAGUCGCUUGGGAUCGCAGCAUUCCUGAAGACAUCAAGCAAAAAGUACAGCCUAAAGAGGUUCCAGCAGAGAGUGUCACUGUCUGGAUUGAUCCUUUGGAUGCUACACAAGAGUACACAGAGGAUCUUCGACAGUACGUCACGACGAUGGUUUGCGUGGCUGUGAAUGGUAAACCAGUGAUAGGAGUGAUACACAAACCAUUCUCAGCAUACACAGCCUGGGCGAUGGUGGACGGCGGCUCAAACGUCAAACCUCGUUCCUCCUACAAUGAGAGAAGUCCAAGGAUUAUUGUGUCCCGCUCCCAUGCAGGAAAAGUUGAGCAGGUUGCACGGCAGACAUUUGGGAACAAGACUGUGAUAAUCCCAGCUGGAGGAGCAGGUUAUAAAGUCUUGGCCCUCCUCGACGUGGCUGAAAAGAAUCAGGAGGAAGCUGAUGUGUACAUCCAUGUCACCUACAUCAAGAAGUGGGACAUAUGUGCUGGAAAUGCAGUCUUGAGAGCAUUGGGUGGCCAUAUGACCACCCUGACUGGUGAAGAAAUUAGUUACACUGGCUCAGAUGGCAAUGAGGGAGGACUUAUAGCCAGUAUCAACAUGAACCAUAAAGCACUAAUUGAAAAACUUCCAGAUCUGGAAAAAACAUCACACAAAUAAACUUGACUGAUGGAGAAGUACAAAGUCAUGCUUGGGCAGCCUCCAAAUGCUCUGUCUGAGGAAGCAGGUGUGAAACCCUGCUGGGAGAGGUGCACAGCAAACCAGUUUGCUGUUGGUUUGGGGGGGGCUGUAUCUCAUGCAUUGGGUUUUUUCAGUGGUGGUAUUUAAGAAGAAGGAAUAAAACAAUAAUAAUCAGAGGUAGGAAGGGGACUGUGUGCCUCUGGCCUCACUUUCCAUGGUCUGGGGUUUCAUUUCAGACUGUUCUCAUGCAGUUCUCACACUCAAGGUGCAUAUGUUUGUGGAUGUGGGGGAACUACAGAAAAAGCCAAACUGAUCCAGACAAUACCAGAAGUAGUUCCCACAGGAACUUCUUGGAACCUUUUCCAUCUCGUUACUGUAGUUGUAGCAACUCCAUAAUGAAUUAGGUAGGGGGAAAGAAAAAAUCCAAACCCAAGCAACAAAAAAAAGUUGAUUUGUGUAGGCAUCUGAUAAGUCUGUCAACAAUUCAGCAGGAAACAUGCCCCUGUGUGGUGUAUCCCCUGAACAGAAAGCACAAGAAGGCUGACACAAAUUGCUAUGCAGCAGCAGUUUCUCUUUGGCACUCCUGCUUUUAAAGAGAAUUAAAAGGAAAAAAGCUCUCUAUUAUUUUGCCUUUUUUUUUUUUUAAUUCCUCUUCUUCUUUUUUCCUUUUUCCUGAAGCUGUAAACCAGUUCAGUUUGGAUGGGUUGUGAAUAUCAGUGCUUUGUUAAUCAGUGUAAUCGUUGCCAUGGUUUGAAAAGAGGACAACCUUUCCUUGUGUGGUUUUUUAACAGUUGCUUCUUGUCUUUGAUUUCUAUGUGUGGUGUUGAAGAUGCAUGCUGGAUUUUCCCUCUGGUGUAGGACUUGUUCAUCAUUUGUUUGUGCCUGUAGAAGCAGCCUCUUCUUCCUUCACUACCUGUUUAGGUUUUUUUUUUGGUUGAUUGGUUUUGUCUAUUGAGCAGAGUCAUAUGGAAUGAGUGUAACAGAAACACUGCAUCAAUUGGUUGUUCCCCUCCACAACCUGAGAUACAAGCCAGCAAUUUUUCUACCACCCCAGGAACAACUUGCUGUCUCAUUUUUGGUUCAUCCAACAUCCUUUCCUGCAGAAAAGCCAGCCCAGACAGCUUGUGGAAAUGGAAACUACCUGAACCUGAAUCUCUUCAAGCAGCUCUGAAGAACCUGUGGUGCUUGGAGUACAGCAGGGUCUGCAAAACUUUGCCAGUAACUGUUCUUUGUCAGUCCAUUGUGCAGAGAGCAGGAUGAUUUAAAUGACUUAAAAUGUACUAAAAAAAAGUUGCUUUUCUGUUGAACAACACAGGUUGCAAUUCACAUAGGAAAAAUAGGUAUGAGGAGCCUGGUCUAAAAACCUAAUGAGUCAUAGAAUCACAGAAUCAGUCAGGGCUGGAAGGGACCACAAGAAGCAGCCAGUUCCAACCCCCCUGCCAUGCCCAGGGACACCCUACCCUAGAGCAGGCUGCACACAGCCUCAGCCAGCCUUGCCUUGAACACCUCCAGCCAUGGGGCUUCCACCACUUCCCUGGGCAACCCAUUCCAGCCUCUCACCACUCUCAUGCUCAACAACUUCCUCCUCACAUCCAGGGUGAAUCUCCCCACCUCCAACUUUGCUCCAUUCCCCCCAGUCCUGGCACUCCCUGAGAGCCUCAAAAGUCCCUCCCCAGUUUUUUUUUUGUUGGCCCUCUUGGUGUCACAGAGGUUGAAUGCACAAGAAUUAAGUAGGCAAUUCAGCCAGCCUGUGGCAGGUUGUGGCUUUAGAUACAGGAUGAGACCAUGUGGGAACUUUCUUUGGGACUGCUUUUAUUUUGGCUAUGAUUCUGUCCCUUCACUGCAUCAGCUUCUGUAUGAGAAAUGUGCUGUAAGAUGCAUUUUAGUUGCAGGUAUGUAGCAGGAAGCAGAAGUGUUUGCCUGAAUGACUUUUCUUUAGGAUAAUAAGAUCUAAGGAUAUGCUCCAGCCCUCCUUUUCUUAUGCUGGCCAAAAGCUCCCUGAGACAAGACUGCUAACUCAGCACUCAAAAGCUGCUCGACUUUUGAACCCCACUUUCUGUAUGGCAGCUCUUACAAAGCAGUCGUAGCCCUUCCCACUCCACAAGCAGGUGUUGUCACUCAGAGGACAUAGCAACAAACUGUUGAAGCCUUACAUGGUGUUUUUCAGAUGCCACACCAGCUCCUUCAGCUCUCCCGAGAGAGGUUCAGAAGUGCUCAUCUGAUUUCCUUCUAAGGCUCCCUCUUGAGCCAGCAGUUAGCAGCUACUUUUCCCUCUUUGCUGCUCCUCAUUUUGCUGCUCCUCCUCUUUGCUCCAUGUGGACAAAAAAGAUGAGAAGCAUGGAGGUAGAAACCCUGCCAGAAUGGGAGAGCCACAGCAAGGAACUAUCCUCAGUCUGUUAAUGCUUGGGAGCAAGGUUUAAGGUGCUACUCCAGCCAAAAGUGUGCUAGAUGCCAAUAAAAGAGAGGCAUCUUGAAGAGAGGUUCAUGUGGGUGGUGGCAAUGGGCAUGCAGAGGAGGUGCAAGUGGCUUAAGAAGUUCAACUGCCUUUAAAAGGAGGAGAAGCAGGCAGCUUUUCAGUGUAAUGCUACAAGCAUUCAGCAUUUCUCUGGGUGCAGAGCUUCACUGCUCCUGGAAGAGGCUUCUCUGUGGAAGGCCUGAUUGUCCUGAAGUUCCAGCAGCAGCCCCUCUGAAUUCCAUGUGAGCAGAACCAAGCCAGAUAAAAGACAAGCAGUAAAUUAAGCUCAGUUCUGAAGAGCUCAGCUUCUGCCAGUUGAGCAAACAGCCUGGGUUGUGAUAAACUCACCUUUGGCAUCUUCAGUCUGUGUUAGCAGAGGACUUGGAAGCAUCAUCCCAGGGUCCUGAGACUGGGAGUGUUUGAGGGGGUGGUUUAACAGCUGAUAGAGCCCACUUCCAGGUAACUAUUUGCAGUGUUGAUGGUUCCAUAUUUGUGAUUCACUUCUGUCCUUUUGUUUUCUCCCCAGAGGAGCAGCAACACUCCUGCACUUUUCCUGUUGUCCCACCAAACUCUGUUAGCAUUUUCCAAUUGUGUGCCAAGCUGAAAUAAUUCUCACAAAUAAACUCUCUGAAAAUA